GUAAUCUAGCUAGAUUGCAUGCCAUGGUUUUGUUUGCUCAUGUAAUGUGCGGCACAUCUUCUCGUAGUUGGCACUGGGUAGAACAACAGAAACAAAGCCACGACGCAUGCAAACUGUUCAUGGGCGUGUACUGCAGUCGUCAAGACAUGAACCCCCCAAAGAACAGCGGCGUGAGUGGCCAACCAACUGCCGCGCAAAGGCUGAAAAGGCUCAUGGUCGUCCGCUCAGCCCGCGCCAUCCGGGGCUUGUCCAGCACGAUGGAUGAAGAUUACCCACAGCAACAAGUCUCUAGCUCCCCGGUUAGCACCGUAACCGUGAGACUCGUGACCUCGUAAUCAUCAACCUGUGACCGCUUCUUGUUAUAAAUGUGCACAUGUAUGUAUGUAUGUACAUAUGUAUGUACUCAGCCCUCGUCAGCUACCUACUACACAGGUCUCAUCCACCCAUCGUCUCCUCCCCAAUCGCCGGUACCUUUGGAGUGAUUUGCACACCUACAUACUUGAGUUACAUACCUAGGUAGGUACAUACCUAUCCUUCACAUCAGCCAGCCAGCCGCUGAGCCGCGCAUGCGUUGAAGCAUUGGCGGUUCCGACAUUGGAACACAACCCACUCAACACCCACCGCCCAUUACGCUACUUGAGUCUCAUCAUUGCUCGUCGACGGUGGCGCUUGGCCAACUAACCAACCAAAACAACCCCACCGAUCCGCUGUUCCGCUGUUGCCCUCCUUGCGCUUGUUCCCUGUUGCGGCCACCGCUGGCCCGGCCCCGGAUCUUGCAAGAUAAAACUACCUGGGUACCCAUAGCCCUGCCCUGCCCUUCCAUCCCAUCCCGCUUGCGACCAUCAAUCCACAACAUCGUCACGUCACGUCGCUGUGCCCUCUCCGCGGCCCCGUCCUACAGUACAGUCCAGUACAGUACAGGACUCUCUGUACUUGCUGUGCACGCUUCGUGCAUCGCUUUGCUUGCCCGGCCUGUGCGUCUCUUUGCAUCAGUCUUUCGCUCCGCACCGCGUAAUCAUGUUGCCCUGGUGACACUGAUACUUGGAUGCUCUGUAUCACCUCAUUGUGACCAACAUCAAUCAUGGCCACUUCGCGCUCCUCCAGUCAUGCCCGCCUGCACAAACGCGGCAACUCAGCCUCGUCGUUGACGAGUCCCCUCAGCCCCGUCUCCGAUCAGGGCCUCUUCACAUUUAGUCGUUCAGAGACACCCAAAGUCACCUACGAAGAACCUUGGAUCACCACUUCGUCACCUCCAAUGCCCCCACCAGCCGCCUCCGUCUCCCACCCCCGCAAGAUCAAGCCCUACCUGCGGAAGCUCUCCUCCAAAGACGCAAAUGGCCUCGACCUUUCGCGCACUGCCGAGGAGAAUGAGCGUCUGGCCGGCCUAGGCAUUUCCGACUAUCCAGCUUACACGCCGUCCGUCGUCGACGUCAACUUUGCUCCUGUCAAGACAGGCCGCCAUAGGCAUACUCGCUCUACUUCAAACACUUCGCAGUUCUCGACGUCUAGUUUGGGGUUACAACGACCGACUGCCCCGUAUAUGCCACCCGCCCGGCACACCCCACGUCCAUAUACCCCGCCUAUGUCCAAGUCGACCCCCGCAUCAGUCCUGGGCAGUGAGACGGAAGCAGACGAUAUCAUGUCCGAUGAAGAAUAUCGCUUGAGGCAGCAGUCCUUUGAUCCCGCACGUCGUUCCGGCUCCAUAUCUUCCACUCCAGGACUACCACCUACACUGCGCAUGCACGCCACCGGCUCCUCGACAGGCCUCGCAGGGAGCUACUCGCAAUCUUCUACAUCACUCGCAUCGCCCAUAGCGCAAUCUCGAUCGAGAGGCGACACUUUACGAUCGCUGGAAUCGGCCACCUCUCCGAGUUCUCGCACGUCUUUCGACAAAGCCUUCGGCUUCGUGCGCCCCAACCCUCCUCCUGACCCUGCGUCUCGCGCUGCCUACAUACGUGCCGCUCGCCAGGCAUUCCAAGAGAAGGAAGAAGCCAAAGAGAGGAAGCACGAGAGGGAAGCCAGCAAGCAAUCGGAACGCGAUAUGCGGAGACUGAAUAGAAAGCUGGAACAUCAACAGCGCAAGUCCGAGGGCAACGAGAGCAAACGCACACGCAGUAUUUCUGAUCUGAAUAACGAAAAGACUCCACGACCAUCAAUUGGCGGCCGACAAUAUUCAGAUCACAGGGAAGCCCACACUCGCACUCUGCCAAACUACGUACCUCCAUCCACUUCGGAAAAGCAAGGCGGAUUUCACCUCCCCAAGGUCACCAAGAGUCGCGAGGCCAAGGGCAACUGGGCGAAGUUUGUGGCUUGGUUCAAAACGAGGAUAUUGCGAAUUUCCAGGAAGAUGCAUGGUUAA